ACCGGCGGAACAUGGAGGCGGUGCUGAGGCAGGAGCUGGGCUGCGGCUCCGUUAGGGCCACGGGCCACUCAGGCGGUGGCUGCAUUAGCCAGGGCCAGAGUUACGACACGGACCGAGGACGAGUGUUUGUGAAAGUGAACCCCCGGGCGGAGGCCAGAAGAAUGUUUGAAGGUGAGAUGGCAAGCUUGACUGCCAUCCUGAAGACAGAAACAGUGAGAGUGCCCAAGCCCAUGAAGGUUCUCGAUGCCCCGGGAGGAGGGAGUAUGCUCGUGAUGGAGCAUUUGGACAUGCGGUAUCUGAGCAGUCAUGCUGCAAAGCUCGGAGCCCAGCUAGCAGAUCUACACCUUGAUAACAAGAAGCUUGGAGAGAUGCUCCUGAAGGAGGCUGGCACAGUGGGGAGAGGAGGCGGGCAGGCAGAACGGCCCUUUGUGGAUCAGUUUGGGUUUGAAGUGGUGACGUGCUGUGGAUACCUCCCUCAGGUGAAUGACUGGCAGAAGGACUGGGUUGUGUUCUAUGCCCGGCAGCGCAUUCAGCCCCAGAUGGACAUGGUGGAGAAGGAGUCUGGGGACAGGGAGGCCCUGGAGCUCUGGUCUGCUCUGCAGUUGAAGAUCCCUGACCUGUUCCGUGAUCUGGAGAUCGUCCCAGCCCUACUCCACGGAGACCUCUGGGGAGGAAACGUGGCAGAGGAUUCUGCUGGGCCCAUCAUUUUUGAUCCAGCUUCUUUCUAUGGCCACUCGGAAUAUGAGCUCGCGAUAGCUGGCAUGUUUGGGGGCUUUAGUGGCUCCUUUUACUCUGCCUACCACAGCAAAAUCCCCAAAGCCCCAGGAUUUGAGAAGCGCCUUAAGUUAUAUCAGCUCUUUCACUAUUUGAACCACUGGAAUCACUUUGGAUCAGGGUAUAGAGGAUCCUCCCUAAGCAUCAUGAGGAAUCUGAUCAAGUGAAUUUCUUUCCUCCAGGGGCAGGCCUCUAUUAGUGGUGUGCUGAGUUCUCUAGUGCAGGUGCACCAGAUUCCAACCAGAGCCCGUGGUCAGGGCUCCUUUUGUUUCUCCAUGGUCCUGUUCAACGUGAAUUUUUCCCUGUUUUUUCACGUGGCUGGAGUGGCUUAAGACCAAGUCAGUAGCUUAUCCUCAAACCUUGUAAAAUACAUAAUAUCUGAGAGGGAAGGUUUUGUCAUUCUUAGACUUGAUAGCUAGAUAAAGCCACACUGGAGAUGUGAUGUGGACAGAGGGACUUAUGAAGCAUGGGUGACAUUGAGCCUCACUGCUGCUCCAAAGUAGAGAAACCGCAGUGAUCUCAUGUGAGCAGCAUGGGGUAGGGUAUCUAGUGUGCAGGGAAGUGGCAAGGUGCUUGAGCACUGCUGCUCAGAGGAUGGCUUUCUGCCAAUGCCUCCCUGCUGUCACAUUCCAGGAAUGUCUCUGAGCUGUUCACGAUGGUGCUUCUUGAUGGGUAAGACUUGGGUCUAGACAUGAAACCAUCUUACUAGAAGCUUCUUAUAAUGACCACUUCCAAAAUCCAAGCACAUUCCCUUUUCUUUCUGCAUUACCUCUAGACUCUGCUGCAGGCUGCGUAGGUCUGGAAGCUGAUUCUGGGAGUGACCAAGCUGCUAGCUGAGGGUGUCCCAGGGUAAAUUUAGGAGUCUUGAGUUGCUCUGCCAUUACCCCAUCUGUGUGCCUUUUUCUAAAGCUUGCUGAGUCGUCAUUCCCUUGCAACAUACAGAAUGAGUGCUGAACUAGUACUUUUCCCCUCCUUCAGUAGUGCAGUGAUGAGAAAUAUUUCACAGAUGGCAUCUGUGCUAACAUAUCCUUCUGCAUAAAAAUUUGAAUAAACUUUCAGAGGUUUCAGUAACACAUGAGACUUUCCCUCAUUUAUCGUAAUUCAAUGUUUAGUUGUUUGCCAAGAAACCUUUGUAAUGUAUAUAUUGUGACAAUA